UUCAAGCCCAACAACAUAUGUAGAACCGCCCGAUAUAUGUCGUCUCUAAUUCGAGCCGAACGAAGCGUGAAGCUAAUUUGAAAGCAUUCGAGAUCUGCUUCUGCCAACACAGGGUUUCAGCUUCGUCGCACCGAUUUUCUCGGAUUUUUGGAGCUUUUUCUUCGGUUAAAGAUGAGUCGGCCAAUGGAUGAAGACGUUCCUGCAAAGACUGAGGAGGAGGACUUCAACACGGGGCCACUAUCCGUGCUCAUGAUGAGUGUCAAAAAUAACACACAGGUCCUUAUUAACUGCCGUAACAAUAAAAAGCUUCUGGGCCGUGUGAGAGCUUUUGAUCGGCACUGCAACAUGGUGCUGGAAAAUGUUAGGGAGAUGUGGACAGAGCUUCCAAAGGCUGGUAAAGGCAAGAAGAAAUCUCUUCCAAUCAACAAAGAGAGGUUUAUUAGCAAGAUGUUCCUGCGAGGAGAUUCAGUGAUCAUUGUCCUCAGGAACCCCAAGUGAGAUGAUGAAUACGAACCUGGAAUCUGGAGCUACUUUGUAGUAGUAGGAAGAGUUGUACUACUUCAUUAUCUACUUAUCUACACUCAGUGUUUUAACUUCAAUGUGGUUCUUUUACCAGCUGAAUAGUUUUAAGGCUUUUGUGUAAUUGAAGUCUGGGAGCUGUAUGAUAUUUGGAAGUUUUUAUUCUAUUGAAGUGAUGCACCUCGUAGAUUGUAUUUUC